AUGGCCAGCAUCUCUGCAAGUACAUCUGGGUCCGGCCACCGUCAGACAAGGACUUGGGCUUUAGCAACGACGACACCGUCGGAAACGCAAGAUGAGCCUCCGCUGAAGAAGAGGAGUUCUGUCGUGGCCGCACCCUGGCAGCUCGACAUUCUCGUCUCUCUGUACCAGCAGACGCAGCACCCUAACGAGGACGACAGGAGAUGGGCUGCGUCGAAGACUGGAUUGGAAGAGAAAUGGAUCAUGAACUGGUUCCAGCGGCAGCGAAACCCGAAGAAGCGCUCCUUGUCUGUUGCCAGCCUUACUUCUAGUCUGUCCUCUGGUCCCGGUGCGGCUGACUGUCAAACGGAUGUUUUCUCUGCUGGUCUGUAUCUGAAUUGGCGGCCUCCUCCUGGCGAUAUACCUGAUCCUGGUAGUUCUUGUACCAUGUACUUCGAAGCAUCAACUGAGGGAGCUGAGCCCAAGCCAGAACAACUGCCAGCAAGGGAAGCCUCCGUGUCCACGGAUAUGUCGUUGGAAUACCCCAACUCGCCAGACCUGCCGGACCCUGUUGGAUAUUCUGGCGCUAGGAUCAGUGCGCCCUCGGUCGUGCAGUCGAUUAGCAUUACUCCGAUAACUCUGAUGACCCGGCCUUUCUACGAUGGCUCCCUCGCUAGUCAUAUGUUCUCUCCCGCUCUGCCAGCUCACCGUGAAGGCUUGUGGUCGUCUCCCUUCACAAUGAAUCCAACCAUUCAACAGGGCCGACAGAACGAUCCCUCGGGAAUACCGAGCAUAGCUAACUUUCUUUUUGACGUACCGGCUACCGGAAUCCACCUCUUUCCUUCAUCUCCAUCGAGCCAGUUUUCCUCGAAUAUGCACCAGUCUUUCUCUGUCACUCAAGAGUCCUUUGUCCCCCAUCACUUAGGCGCGGCAAUGUUCAGUCCACCUUCGCAUAUACCGCAACCUAUUGUCCCCAUUGCUUUUCCUGCGCGUCUGGGCGACCUUGUCAGUCUGACGAAGAGGAUCCGUGCGACGUAUGCGCAAGAUGUGGUGGACGCGAUACGGGGGAGCGACGGCGACCCUGCGCCGUCGCCGGAGUCCUCUACAAACAGGAGCGAUCAAGUCGAAGAAGAGGAACGCGAGUUUGGGCUAGGGUCGCAGGUAAUCGAUCUCACCUCACGGGAAGAAGACUCCGAGCAUAUCAAGGAGGAAGACGUGGAAAGCAGUGACGAUGAACUGGAGUUGAUCACGCCGCAAGAUGAAGUGGAAAUGAUGUUUCCCGAUCCAGAGGGGGACAAGACUGCCAAGGGCACUUUUUAUGAGAUGUCCAUUGAAGCUAACGCGGCGGUGGCCUGA